AUGUCGUCUCGGAACUUCGACAAGUUGAGGUCAAUAGAAAACAUCUCCACAACAACAGGCUACUGUUCGGACCCCACGAUAGGCGACUCCCUCGACGAAAUCGAAGAACAAGAUCGCUGGACGGACUUGCAACUUGCUUGUCGCGACGGCGACCUCGCAACAGUCGAGUGUCUCCUCUCCGACCCUUUGACAAGUAUUGAUGCUCCCCCAACUGGGUGGUACGGCCAAAACGCUCUGCAAGCAGCUUGUGCUCAGGGGCAUGCAUCUAUCGUUGCCCGAUUAAUUGCAGCAGGAGCAGAUGUAAAUGCGGCUGGAGAUUUCAAUCGUCCGAGGACAGCAUUGCAAAUCGCUGCCGUAGCGGGUAAUAUCGAGAUCGUAGAUAUGCUUCUCGCUGCUGGUGCGGAUUUCAAUGUUCCCGCAGCGAAGUAUAAUGGCCGAACAGCACUACAGGCUGCUUCUGAGGGUGGUCAUUUGGCGGUGAUCGAGAAACUGCUUAAGAUCGAAGCAGACGUAAAUGCUCCUGGUGCGCGUUACGGGGGAUUGACGGCAUUGCAAGCUUCGUGCUCACCGACAAGCAACAUUGCGGCUGUGCGCAGACUUCUCGCAACAGGUGCUGAUGUUAAUGCGCCUCCAUCACGAUAUUUUGGCUUGACUGCUCUACAGAAUGCAUCGCUGCAUGGAAAUCUGGACAUUGUAAAUGAACUUUUGAAACAUGGGGCCAAUGUGAAUGCACCAGGGGCAUAUAAUGGAGGAGGUACCGCACUGCUCGCUGCUGCUGAAUAUGGAUAUGUUGAGAUCGUUAAGAGAUUGAUUGAAGCCGGGGCGGAAUUGGGAGCUGUUUCGGGACAGAAGAAGCAAACAGCUUUGCAAGCUGCGGCUGCAAAUGGUCAUGGAGAAGUUUUUGUUCUUCUCGGAGAUGCAAUUGAGGAGAAUUCGACGAAAACGGAACAAAAUCUUUCUUCGUCGCUGUUGACGAGGAUGAGCUCGGAAUGA